AUGAUCCGCUUCAUCCCAAGUAAGGCCCUCUAUGUCUCCACGUCUCUGAAUUUUUCCAGUUUUUUAAGUUUCAUAUGCAAUCUCAGAGACAUAGUUGAAGGACUUGAAGCUGCGGAGAAUUCCGGUCCCCGUGGAUGAGUGAGCAGCUGUGAUUUUAAUUUCUUCCAUGGUGGAGCAUCAACUUAUUUUUUGAGCAGGAUGUAAAAUAUUUACAGCUAUUGAUACGUUACAACAUUCACUUGUCACUACAUUGUCAAGAUAUGGAGAAUUUCCAAGAUCAGCCACCCCCUCCGGGUGUUCACUCAUGGCCUAACUAUUCAUCAAACCCUGCUCCUUUGCCACAAUCAUUACCAGGCCAUGUACAGCCUAGCGAGACUGCAACUCAGUAUCCUUCAAAUUAUUCUGGAAGCUCUCAGUAUUUCCCUCCCCCUUCUAAUUUUACCUUCCCACCUAUCUCUCAGAGUGUCUAUACUCAUGCUGCGCCUCAACUUCAAUCUUCCCACGGUGCUCCUCAUUUAUUGGAUAAGAAUGCCCGCUGUAACUUCCAACAAGAAAGCUUUUCUCAGUCUGGCGUUAAUAGUCCCCAAAGGUUACCUCUAGGCUCAAAUAACACGGAUGGAGAAUAUCAAAACAUUGAGAAUGCUACCGCAUCAGCGACCCAAGAGUCUGAUGUCAGUCCUCCACUGAAAGUAGAUGAGGCUGCAGCAAAUGUUUCUGAUGCAUCCUGCAAAGGCUCCGGAGUACAAUUAAACAAUGCUUAUGCCAUUGAUAUUGCCGCUCAGGAUGCUGUCUUACGUGAGCAAGAAAUUGCCACCCAAAAUAUCAUAAGAAGUCAAAGAGACACGAGAAGCAGUGGCUCACCUCCCAAGGAUAAGUUAGACAUAUUCUCAGAACGUCGUGAUCCCAAUGCUUUGAAGGAACAUCUGUUGAAGAUGGCCACAGACCAUAGGGCUGAAAUGGCUGUCAAACGGGGGAAACCUACCCGUGCAGAAGAUAACACAGAAAUAGGAAAUGGGUAUGGUGUACCUGGUGGUGGUGCUUAUUAUGAUGCUCCUAGGCUUGGUGCUGCUGCAGGUAAUGAUGUGGCAAGCCAGCCUGAUAAAGGUUCAGGACAGAAACCAGCAACUAAAGAAUUGCCCGAGUACCUGAAGCAGAAGUUGAGAGCUAGGGGUAUUCUUAAAGAUCAUAAACAAGCUGAAGAGCCUAAAGAUACUUCAGCUAAACCUGCAGAAAAUGGAAGACUGCCUCCAGGAUGGGUGGAGGCAAAAGAUCAUGCAACUGGUGCAUUUUACUAUUACAAUGAAACUACAGGGAAAAGUCAAUGGGAAAGACCUGUUGAAGCAUCCUUAUGCGUGCAAUCAUCAUCAUCAUCUGUACCUCUUCCAGAAAAUUGGGUGGAAUCAUUGGAUGAAACAUCAGGCCAUAGGUAUUACUACAAUACAGAAACUCAUGUAUCACAAUGGGAGCGUCCUAAUUCAGCUCAGGAUAAUGUCACUAAUCGCUCUAACUUGUCAAGCUCAACAUCCGGGGGUAAUCUUGGUGGGGAUGACCACUCUUCCAAAUUACCAAGGUGCACAGGAUGUGGUGGUUGGGGAGUAGGCUUGGUGCAGGCUUGGGGUUACUGCAAUCACUGCACAAGAGUACACAAUCUUCCACAGUGUGCGUAUCUGUCCUCCAGUUCAAGUACUAAGCAAAGCAAUACAACGCAUCCCUCUAAAAAUUCUGACGAUAGGGACGGCAGACAGAGGUCCAGUUGGAAGCCUCCUUUUGAUAAAGGAAGCAGAAGAGGGGGCAAGAAACGUGCUUAUGCUGAGGAUGAUGAACUGGAUCCCAUGGACCCCAGCUCUUACUCAGAUGCUCCUCGUGGUGGCUGGGUUGUGGGCUUGAAAGGCGUGCAGCCACGAGCAGCUGACACAACAGCAACGGGUCCUCUCUUUCAACAACGACCAUAUCCCUCACCUGGAGCGGUUUUACGAAAGAAUGCUGAAAUUGCUUCCCAGAAGAAGCAACCAAACUCAAAUUAUGCACCCAUAUCCAAGAAAGGUGAUGGGAGCGACGGCCUUGGCGACGCUGACUGAGACCAUGACGUAACCACCGUAGCAGUUGACGUCAUCUAUGGGCAUGCACGCAGCAGUCUCUGAGCGCGUUGACAUCACUCAACUCUGCAGAAUCUGUCUUUAGUGUGCUGGGCACCAGUUGGGUCUCAGUUGUGUCAGCGUAAAAGUAGCUGUAAUUGCUAGGGAGAAUUUUAGUUCGAAGGAGAAUUAUAUUUUGACAAUGAAAAUGUUUUCUACUCUCUUUAACGAUCAUGAAUAUAAUUUCAUGAAAGAUUUCUUUUUCUCUUUUCGUUAAAUAAUUUGGCCUACUUUUUGCCUUAA